AUGAGUUCCGAUGCCGACAUGGCCGUUUUUGGGGAGGCUGCUCCUUACCUCCGAAAGUCUGAAAAGGAGCGAAUUGAAGCUCAGAACAAGCCUUUUGAUGCCAAGAAUUCUGUCUUUGUGGUGGAUGCUAAGGAGUCCUAUGUGAAAGCAACAGUGCAAAGCAGGGAAGCGGGGAAGGUGACAGUCAAGACUGAAGCCGGAGCUACUGUCACAGUCAAGGAUGAUCAAGUCUUCUCCAUGAACCCUCCCAAAUAUGACAAGAUCGAGGACAUGGCCAUGAUGACUCACCUGCACGAGCCUGCUGUGCUGUAUAACCUCAAAGAGCGCUAUGCAGCCUGGAUGAUCUACACCUACUCAGGCCUCUUCUGUGUCACCGUCAACCCCUACAAGUGGCUGCCAGUGUACAACCCCGAGGUGGUGACGGCCUACCGAGGCAAAAAGCGCCAGGAGGCCCCACCCCACAUCUUCUCCAUCUCUGACAACGCCUAUCAGUUCAUGCUGACUGAUCGGGAGAACCAGUCAAUCCUGAUUACCGGAGAAUCUGGUGCAGGGAAGACUGUGAACACGAAGCGUGUCAUCCAGUACUUUGCAACAAUUGCAAUUACUGGAGAGAAGAAAAAAGAGGAAGCUUCUCCUGGCAAAAUGCAGGGGACCCUGGAAGAUCAAAUCAUCAGUGCCAAUCCCCUUCUGGAGGCCUUUGGCAACGCCAAGACCGUGAGGAAUGACAACUCUUCUCGCUUUGGUAAAUUUAUCAGGAUACAUUUUGGUGCCACAGGCAAACUGGCUUCUGCAGAUAUUGAAACAUAUCUGCUAGAGAAGUCCCGAGUUACUUUCCAGCUAAAGGCUGAAAGAAGUUACCACAUAUUUUAUCAAAUUAUGUCCAAUAAGAAGCCAGAGCUUAUUGAAAUGCUUCUGAUCACCACCAACCCAUACGACUUUGCCUUUGUCAGUCAAGGUGAAAUUACUGUGCCUAGCAUUGAUGACCAGGAAGAGUUGAUGGCCACAGAUAGUGCUGUGGACAUCCUGGGUUUCAGCUCUGAUGAAAAGGUGGCGAUCUACAAGCUCACUGGGGCCGUGAUGCAUUAUGGAAACAUGAAAUUCAAGCAAAAGCAAAGGGAAGAGCAGGCUGAGCCAGAUGGCACUGAAGUUGCUGACAAAGCUGCCUAUCUGACAAGUCUGAACUCUGCUGACCUGCUCAAAGCCCUGUGCUACCCCAGGGUCAAGGUCGGCAAUGAGUAUGUCACCAAAGGCCAGACUGUGCAGCAGGUGUACAAUUCGGUGGGUGCUCUGGCCAAAGCCAUCUACGAGAAGAUGUUCCUGUGGAUGGUCACCCGCAUCAACCAGCAGCUGGACACCAAGCAGCCCAGGCAGUACUUUAUCGGAGUCUUGGACAUUGCUGGCUUUGAGAUCUUUGAUUUCAACAGCCUGGAGCAGCUGUGCAUCAACUUCACCAACGAGAAACUGCAACAGUUUUUCAACCACCAUAUGUUCGUGCUGGAGCAGGAGGAGUACAAGAAGGAAGGCAUCGAGUGGGAGUUCAUCGACUUCGGGAUGGACCUGGCUGCCUGCAUUGAGCUCAUUGAGAAGCCUAUGGGCAUCUUCUCCAUCCUGGAAGAGGAAUGCAUGUUCCCCAAGGCAACAGAUACCUCCUUCAAGAACAAGCUGUAUGAACAGCAUCUUGGAAAGUCCAACAACUUCCAGAAGCCCAAGCCUGCCAAAGGCAAGGCUGAGGCCCACUUCUCGCUGGUGCACUACGCCGGCACCGUGGACUACAACAUCACUGGCUGGCUUGACAAGAACAAGGACCCCCUGAAUGAGACCGUGGUUGGGCUGUACCAGAAGUCUGGAAUGAAGACGCUGGCUUUCCUCUUCUCUGGGGCACAAACUGCUGAAGCAGAAUCAAGCCAGUGUCAUGGAUCAUGAUAAUUAGGUCCAUAAGCAUGAAUGUAUGAAAACAAUGCAUUUAUUAAACCAAAUUUUCAUAUGAUUCCACAGGAGAAUUUGAAUAAGCUGAUGACCAACUUGAGGAGCACCCACCCCCACUUUGUACGAUGCAUCAUCCCCAAUGAAACUAAAACACCUGGGGCCAUGGAGCACGAACUUGUCCUGCACCAGCUGAGGUGUAACGGUGUGCUGGAAGGCAUCCGCAUCUGCAGGAAAGGAUUCCCGAGCAGAAUCCUUUAUGCAGACUUCAAACAAAGAUACAAGAUUCUAAAUGCAAGUGCUAUCCCAGAGGGUCAGUUCAUUGAUAGCAAGAAGGCUUCUGAGAAACUGCUAGGGUCUAUAGACAUUGACCACACCCAGUACAAAUUCGGUCAUACCAAGGUUUUCUUUAAAGCUGGCCUGUUGGGAACUCUAGAGGAGAUGAGAGAUGAAAAGCUGGCUCAACUCAUCACACGCACUCAAGCCGUAUGCAGAGGGUACCUGAUGAGGGUGGAGUUCAAGAAGAUGAUGGAGAGGAGGGAGUCCAUCUUCUGCAUCCAGUACAAUGUUCGUGCUUUCAUGAAUGUGAAGCACUGGCCCUGGAUGAAGCUGUAUUUCAAGAUAAAGCCACUUCUCAAGAGUGCGGAAACAGAAAAGGAGAUGGCUACCAUGAAGGAAGAUUUUGAGAAGACCAAAGAAGAACUGGCUAAAUCAGAGGCAAAAAGGAAAGAACUGGAAGAGAAGAUGGUAGCUCUGAUGCAAGAGAAAAAUGACUUACAACUCCAAGUUCAAGCUGAAGCAGAUGGCUUAGCUGAUGCAGAGGAAAGAUGUGAUCAGUUGAUUAAAACCAAAAUCCAACUUGAGGCAAAAAUCAAAGAGGUGACUGAGAGAGCUGAGGAUGAGGAAGAGAUCAAUGCUGAGCUGACAGCCAAGAAGAGGAAACUAGAGGAUGAAUGUUCAGAACUGAAGAAAGACAUUGAUGACCUUGAGCUGACACUGGCCAAAGUCGAAAAGGAGAAGCAUGCCACAGAGAACAAGGUGAAAAACCUCACAGAAGAGAUGGCAGGCCUGGAUGAAACCAUCGCUAAGCUGACCAAAGAGAAGAAAGCCCUCCAAGAGGCCCACCAGCAGACCCUGGAUGACCUGCAGGCAGAAGAGGACAAAGUCAACACCCUGACCAAAGCUAAGAUCAAGCUAGAACAGCAAGUGGAUGAUCUUGAAGGGUCCUUGGAGCAAGAAAAGAAACUUCGCAUGGACCUAGAAAGGGCUAAGAGGAAACUUGAGGGUGACUUGAAGUUGGCCCAAGAGUCCAUAAUGGACAUUGAAAAUGAGAAACAGCAACUUGAUGAGAAGCUCAAAAAGAAAGAAUUUGAAAUGAGCAAUCUGCAAAGCAAGAUUGAAGAUGAACAGGCACUUGGCAUCCAACUGCAGAAGAAGAUCAAAGAAUUGCAAGCCCGCAUUGAGGAGCUGGAGGAGGAAAUCGAGGCAGAGCGGGCCUCCAGGGCCAAAGCAGAGAAGCAGCGCUCUGACCUCUCCCGGGAACUGGAGGAGAUCAGCGAGCGGCUGGAAGAAGCCGGUGGGGCCACUUCAGCCCAGAUUGAGAUGAACAAGAAGCGGGAGGCUGAGUUCCAGAAAAUGCGCAGGGACCUGGAGGAGGCCACCCUGCAGCACGAAGCCACGGCUGCCUAA